UUUUAUCUUAGUUUGCGUGUUAAAAUUUAAUGCUUUUUUUCCCCUUGAACGUUUAGGUCACAGAAAAGUCGACUCUUCUCGUGUUUUUCCUAAAGUAUCAUGGCGAAGCAGUUCGGAGAGAAGCUCAGCGAGCUGAACCUGAGCUCGGACGAACUGGACAGAUUAAGCCAGGCUGUCAGGGACGAGAAGUUCAAACAGAUGUUUUGCGACUACGCCCGGGAAAUAUCCGACCCCGCAAAUAGGGAAACGUACGAAAGGGAAAUCAAACUUUUAGAGGAGGAAAGAGGAAACAGCGUCGAGUUCGUCCGCCCGGCGCCCUGGAGAGUUCUCAGAACCACCGCGGGAGGCGAGAAGUGUUUCAUCAACAUCUGCGGCAGUGAGAACGUCGACAAGCCUGAUUGUAGGAGUGCUGUGUCGAAGGAUGGCCGCAGGGGGCAGCGUUUGUCUUUGCCUCACGGCCUUUUACCUGGGAGACAAAAUAUAGACCCAAAAGGUAACAAACAUGUGAUCUAUGACGUCAUUUUCCACCCUGACACAUUGCACAUGGCAGCAUUAGACAAGGACUUCAACGAUGUGGUGAACAACACGGCCAUUGAUGGAAUCCAGAAAGCAUUUAAGGUGGUUCUUGACAAAAAACACGUGAGAGAGAUAAAGAGUGAAUACAAAGGAACCCCUCAGGCGUGUGUGAUCAGGAAACCUCUGCCUGGGUAUGAAGCCAAGGAGACCCCAGAGCAACCAGACCCCCUCGCCUUCCCGCAUCCAGAUGCUGCAAAGCCUUCAGAGUCUGGCAGCAGCGUCCAGAUCCAACCACCAGCAGAGCCCAGCUACACAUUGAAAUACAGAUCUGUUGUUGACUUACAGGACUACGUGGGUUCUAGAGACUCUGCUCCCAGGCCUAAAGAAGUUGUGGUUGUCGUCGACCUACCUCUCCUGACGUCUGUGGGAGACUCGGACACCAGCCUGGUAGUUAAAGGGAAAAUCCUCCAGCUGGAGUCCAAGCGUCCAGCCUACAGACUGGAGCUGCCCUUAGCCUACCCUGUGGAUGAAGAGAACGCAGAGGCCAAGUUCAACACACAGCGCAGACAGCUCACCGUCACGCUGCCUGUCCAGCCGUCUUCACGAGCCUCGUUCUGCCUCCAGCCCGGGCAGAGAGGAAGAGGGAUGCAGGAGGAAAAAUGUCAAGAACCAGAGAGAAAAGACAACGAAUGUGAGGAGCAGGAGAGAGUAGACGAGGAGACAAGUGACGAAGCACCUGAAGAGAGGAGGGAGGAACUGACAAAGCGGACAAAACAAAGCCGAGGCCAUGAAAAGACGGUGGAGGACAGUUGGGACAGAUCAGCAGCACAAAGGGGUUGUUGCUUCCUGGGUGAUAAUCCCGUUCUGAAAGAGACCACAGCUGAUGAUAACAGAUUUGACGCUUCAUCUAAAACUGAAUAUCAACACAUUUUCACCUCUGCUGAACACCUGAGUUUGACAGAAGAGGACAGGGAACCGAAAGAAGCGUCUACGUCCGAGUCCGCUUCGGAAGAGACGACUGAAGGAGGGCCAGAGUCUGGCCAGAUGACCGUCACAGACGUCACAAACGAAUCUAACAGAAGAGAUCUCAGUGUCGACGCCUUGAAACCGAAGAACAACGUCGCAGGUGAAGGUGACCUGCCAGCAGAGCAGGUCCUCCAGACCCCAGAGCCUGACAGGAUGCCAUCAGCAACACUGAGAGAGGUCGAUGCAGACGGAAACGAGACAGUGAUCAGUGACCACUCUACGUCUGCAGGUUUCACCUUCCAAAACAAACUGAUGUACGAGCUGGACUGAGGAGCGCUUUCAUUCAGCUAAGUUUGUUUGACACAGAGAGAAUUUGCCCUCCAGCUGCCGUGUGAACAGCUUUAAAGUCUGAUGUGAAACGGGAACAGGAAGUCAUAGGAACGAAGA